UUUGAUUAUUAAUCACUACAAAAAGAAGCUAAAGAAGAUAUAGAUAGCAUCAUCUUGUCACCAUUAUCAAAUUUAUUUUAAUCUGCAUUUGACAAUGGCGACAAGAUGAUGCCGACACAUCAUGUUAUAGCGUUUCUUUGUCUUUUAAAAAGAAGCUACUGGCAUAUAACCACCAAUAGAGGUAAAAUAAUUAUUAGGAAGAAGGAAAAAUUCUAGGCCUUAAAGGGCCUUAGUCAGCCACACCUUUGUUUUUAUUUACAUGCAAGAGUUUGACUACUAUAUGUUAUGUGGAGCAAGCCAAAACAAAGGAAAUCACUGUGAAUCUUCAGAAGAUAAUUAAGCAUAGUUACUUACAGUAAAGCAAUAAGAUUGCGUUUCACCAUGUAAUGUCAAUAAUUUGGAUGGCAUUGAAAAUGGCAGAGGCUGAGUAGGGUCCUUUAAACUGAAAGGCAAAGAUUAUAUAAUACUACACCUCCCAACUUUUUCAAAAUCUAGGACAUUAGAUUUUUAUCAAUGAAGGGAGACUGUGCUAGUAUUUUUGAAGAUUUCCAAAUGGGUUUUGAAUAUUUCCAGUCGGGCAGUGUUUCCCCAAGCAUAACACCAUCAACAGACAUUUCCCUUAAAAAUCAGAGUGUUGGGGCAGGUCUGCAAUCAUUUGCACGGAGAUUUCUUUCUCCUGAUUAGGUAGAGCUUAGUUAAAUUUAUACAAAAUUUUUGAAAGUGUGUUAGUUAAGACUGUAUUAGCUCAAUUUUUUUUUUUGAUGUGAGAUUCUGGUUUAUAGGCAUAAGGUGUGAGUUUGUUCGUUUUCGACCUGCAGAACUGAAGAGAGACUAUUGACUGAAGCAUGAUAGAUGGCCUUGCCAACCUGUGUCACAUGACACAACAUGGCUCCAACCAACAUUUUGUUGUUAAAAAGAAAUGACUUGGUUAAAUGUGCUGUUCUGCCCUUCUUUUUGCAGUACAUGUAAGAACAAGACACCCAGUUUACACAUGGCUGAUGAUACAAUUGUUAUCACUCCAGAUCAUCUUCAUGUUGAUCAAGUCACUGACAUUGUUGGUGCACCUAGCGCAGGAGCAAUCUCAUUGUUUGUAGGAACAACAAGAGAUAAUUUUGAAGGAAAAACAGUAGUCCGUCUAGAAUAUGAGGCAUACAUGCCAAUGGCCAGAUCAGAGAUGCGCAAGAUUUGUAAACAAGUGCGAGAAAAGUGGGACGUAAUAAAAAUAGCCAUCUUUCAUAGAAUUGGAGUGGUCCCCAUUGGUGAAGCAAGUGUGAUUAUUGCAGUGUCGUCUGCCCACAGAAAGAAUUCGCUGGAAGCUGUACAGUACUGUAUAGACACUUUAAAGGCAACAGUCCCGAUAUGGAAGAAGGAAGUUUAUGAACAAGGGGAGCCCAACUGGAAAGAGAAUUCAGAAUGCUUCUGGACGAAAAGAGGUGGAUCACCGAAACAGUCCACUGUUUAGAAUAAACCUUUUCACUGUAUAUAGAACUUGAACUUUAAUCUACGGAUUAGUGAAUGUGCUUUGCUUUAAUCAUGUUGUGAUUCUAGAGAUUUUUAAAUAUUGUUGUUUCACUAGUUAAGGAACAUAAAAAAGUGUAAAUGUUUUUUCAUGUGUCCCUGGAGCCUGAGUCAUAAAGAGUGAAGUCAUGUGAUUUGCAAGAUAGGCAGUUGUCUUCAUUAGUUUUGUCUACCAACCCCACACUUAGAUUUCCGUCCUUACACAGGUACAAAAUAGCUUUCAAACAGGUCAUUUGUUACAGGUGCCCUGGAGUAACCUUGUAUUUUAUAAGAAUUUUUUUUUUUGUGGUGUGCUGCGGUGUUUAACACUCUUUAUUAUAUUUGUAUCAGUAACCAACAGAGGAGAGUAUAGCUAUUUAAGUAAACAAAUGUGCUAUAAUGUAAAGUAUAUAGUAAUAAAUUGUAAUUUAUAAUCCACCAUUCCAAGAAAAGAGAACCAAGAAAGGCAUUUAACUGAGAAACACAACUUUUAAAUUGUAAAGACUUUUUCAUGCAUUUUAAUAAUUCUCAAUAAAAAUAACAAUCAAUCCUUGAGAUUAUAAUUAGGAAUUCAAAAACCAAAAACAAGGAAUGGUGUAAAAAAGAGUUAAGUUAAAGUUAAUUUACUCUAUUCAUGUCAAGGGUUGCUCCUAUAAUUUCAGGCUUCUCGGCCAUCUCAGUCUUGGGCUGAAAUUCUGUGACCUGUUGCCAAGUGUACAAUUAGGAACAAUGACUGUGAUUGUGAGAGAACCAUUAUGAUAAUCAUAGUCAUUGCUAUAAAAUAUAAGUUAUGAUAUGGAUUCCAAGCUUUUUUUUUUUUCAUGUUUUUCAACCACUACAGUAUUGAAAAAU